AUGAUUGACUCCGCUGGUUUUUGGUACGGGGAUGAUCCAAUGAGCUAUAACACUCCGGUUCUGUCGGCCGAGAUCUCUGUGAUUUUCAUCAUCUCUGGUCUCACUCACCUUUUGAUGAGACCUCUUCGCCAACCUAAGAUCAUUGUGCAAAUUAUUGCCGGCAUAAUAAUGGGUCCCUCAGUACUAGGUCAAAGCAGGGAGUAUUUAGAAGCGUUAUUUCCUCCGGGUAGUAGAUUAGUAUUUUCAACAUUGGUAGAGUUUGGCUUCAUGUUUCACCUCUUUAUAUUAGGAUUGCAGAUUAAUGCAAGCUUAAUAAAGAGCAUUGGAAGAAAAGCCUUGAUAAUAGCUCUAGUAGGGACUAUGAUUCCCUUGGCAUUUGGAGGGACAGCAUACAAGAUCAUACAUCGUACUAACCCUUCAAUGGCACCUUUAACCCUGGUUGUCAUAAAUUCUAUGUCUUCUUUCAUUGGCGUCACCAGCCUCCUUGAUAAUCUCAACAUUCUUAAUACAGAAAUUGGCCAAUUUGCUUCCUCUAUUGCUUUGGUAAGUGAUACAUGUUGUUGGCUUCUCGCAUUUGUUAUGAGAAAUGUUGAUAAAGCACAGAAAUACUCCCCACACAAACCAUUACCAACACUAGUAGUGGUGCCAGGUUAUUACUGCAUCCUAUUCUUCCUACUCCGACCACUAAUGAUAUGGAUUUUCAGUUCCACCCCUGUAAAAGCACCCAUUAAGGAAAAUCAUUUUACAGCCAUCCUCUGUAUAGUUAUGGGGAAUGGAGUUCUUGCAGAGUAUGUUGGCGAACAUGCUUGGCUUGGUGCUUUUGUGUUAGGCUUUUCUUUGCCAAAUGGGCCAACAUUAGGCGCAAGCUUAAUAAAAAAGCUUGAUAUUCUUUGUACUGAGUCGCUACUUCAACUCUACUGCACUAACAAGGGGUUCAGCACACUUUUCUCUUCCAUGGCAAAAAUGUCUACAGCAAAAAUGGAGAUCCUCAUUUUUGCUGGUUACAUUGGCAAGUUCACUGGCACCAUUUUGCCAUCGAUCUACUAUAAGAUGCCCUUCAGGGAAUCUUUAACACUCACUCUCAUCAUGUGUUGCAAAGGCGUUUUGGAACUCACUAUAUAUAGUACGUGGGAAACCUCCCAGAUCAUAACAAGGCAAACAUAUACGCUUUUAAUAAUCAACAUGAUAGUCAUAACAGGGUUGGCCUCAAUUUUUAUACGUCACCUUUAUGACACUUCCGCAAGAUAUAUGGGUGACACAAGGAGGACAAUCUCGGACUCCGACCAAAACUUUGGUCUCAGAACACUGGUCUGCAUCCAUUCAGAAGAGAAUGUAUCUUCAUUAACAAACCUUCUUGAAGUGUCCAACCCCACAAAAGAAAGCCCUAUUUUUGUCUCUGUCCUUGAGCUCGUGGAGAUCACAAGAAAGGCAGCAUCUAUCCUUGUAAAACAUGAUAGGCAACACAUCUCAUUAGUUUCUAAUCUAUAUUGCUCUGGACACAUUGGCAAUGCCUUCGAUCAUUAUGAGAGUUACAGCGAAGGGAGUGUUAUGAUACAAAACUUCAAAGCAAUUGCACCAUAUGCAAGCAUGCAUGAUGAUAUAUGCACUCUUGCUGUGGUUCAGAAAACAGGCAUCAUUAUUGUUCCCUAUCACAAAACAUGGGCAAUUGAUGGAACAGCCAAAGCAAACACUCCUUUCAUUAGGACCAUAAACAAAAAUUUGCUUAAGAAGGCCCCUUGCUCCAUUGGAGUUCUUGUUGACCGAGGCCAAAUUGGUGGCAACCCAAGCGUUCUGAACGGUAAUUCACCAUAUCGGAUUGCCAUGCUUUUCGUAGGUGGUGCAGAUGAUCGAGAGGCACUAGUGUAUAGCAUCCGGAUGGCCGGGCAUCCGAAUGUCAGUCUCACAGUGGUUCAAUUUAUAGCGUGGGGUUACAAGACAAACAGUUAUCAAGAAAAUCUUGACAAGGAAAUGUUGAAUGAAUUAUGGGCUAGUAUAGUGGGAAAACGGAGAAUAUACUGUAAAAAGGAGACUGUGAGACGUGGGUUAGAUACAAGACAUGUUAUACAUAAGAUGGCAGACAAUUUUGAUCUAGUUAUUGUGGGUAAAUACCAUGAACCAGACUCUCCCGUUACAUUAGGACUUAGAGAAUGGAGCGAAAGCCCUGAACUUGGAGUACUUGGGGACAUGCUGGCCAGUUCAGUUUUUCAGUUUUCAGUUUUGGUGGUACAGCAGCAGCCCAGAAGGUGA